AUGGUCUACUCUCCCCGCAAGGCAUACGUCGUCGGCGUCGGCUCCACCAAGUUCGACAAGCCCCGCGGCCUCCGCGACUACCCCGAGCUCGGCCUCGAGGCUUCUGUCAAGGCUCUCCUCGAUGCCGGCCUCACCUACGACCAGGUCGAGACCGCCGCCGUCGGCUACGUCUACGGUGACUCUACCUGUGGCCAGCGCGUCCUCUACCAGCUCGGCAUGACCUCGAUCCCCAUCGUCAACAUGAACAACAACUGCUCGACCGGAUCGUCUGCCUUUGUCUCGGCCGUCAACUCGGUCGCGUCUGGCCAGGUCGACUGCGCCCUCGCCCUCGGUUUCGAGAAGAUGAGCCCCGGCUCGCUCAAGUCGCACUGGGACGACCGCACCCCGCCUCUCCUCGGCACCCACAUGCAGCUGACCGAGAUUGAGGAGUCGAAGCAGUACCCCGUCAAGCAGAAGGGCCCCGGCGCCGCCAUCAUCUUCGCCGCCGCCGGUCUCGAGCACCAGGAGCGCUACGGCUCCAAGCCCGAGCACCUGUUCAAGAUUUCGUCCAAGAACCACAAGCACUCGGCCAAGAACCCCUACUCCCAGUUCCGCUUCACUCCUUCCCCCGAGGAGGUUGGCGCCGCGCGCAAGAUUACGCGCGAGCUGACCCUCCCCAUGUGCUCGCCCACCUCUGACGGUGCUGCUUGCGCUAUUGUCGUCUCCGAGGACUUUGUCAAGAAGUACGGUCUCGAGGACCGCGCCGUUGAAGUUGCCGGUGUCGGUGUCGCGACCGACUCGCCCAAGCUCUACGAGACCCGCUCCCGCAUCGAGCUUGCCGGAACCGACAUGGGCCGCAAGGCUGCUGCCCAGGCGUACAAGCAGGCUGGCAUCACUGCCAACGACGUGCAGGUGCUCGAGUGCCACGACUGCUUCGCCCCCAACGAGCUCAUCACGUACGAGGCCCUCGGCCUCUGCCCCGAGGGCAAGGCGCACGAGCUCGUUGAUGCUGGUGACAACACGUAUGGCGGCAAGUACGUCGUCAACCCCUCUGGUGGUCUCGAGUCCAAGGGCCACCCGCUCGGCGCUACUGGUCUCGGCAUGGUCUUCUACAUGACCCUCCAGGCGCGUGGUGAGGCCGGCCCCCUCCAGGUCCCCAACGUCCGCAACGCCCUCACCCACAACGUCGGUCUCGGCGGAUCCUGCAUUGUCACUGUCCUCCGCAAGGCCGACUUUUACAAGAAGGGCUCCACCUCGAAGGACCGUCUCGGUUACGACUUUGCCGCCGAGGUCCGCGAGAUCACCCAGAAGGACCUCGACAAGGUCCGCUCCAAGGAGUACAGCAACUACAUUCCCCCUGCCCUCGCCAAGCUCUAA